AUGCCUUGGCACUUGAUUGUGGGCUUGAUUGUUUCUGACACUGAGUAUGAGCGCUCGUCUCGCCGAUUUUCAACUCUGAUCCGGCGCCCGAAAAAAAGCAGUUCUACAGUUGGCUCGCUUGGCCGCAGUUCCACUUUCGCCUCCUCUAGAGGAUCUCAUCAACUCCCGCCUUCCACAAACAGUUCGAUUAAUCUACAAAAUUCCUACAAUAGGCAAUCUGGACUUGUUGAACCAAUCCGUAAUGGCUAUGCGACUUUGCCUCCACCUUCAUUCAAAGGCUCUUCUCCUCGAGACACGUCUGUAUACGAUUCCAGGCCGAAGUCUAGCUCUUUAGGUAUUUUCUCUGGCAGACCGCCUAAGAAGAAGUCGCGUGUUAUCUUCCUCAUCGACAGCCUGGUAUCUGGAGGCCCUGCUGACCAAGACGGACGCAUUAGUGUUGGCGACCGCCUUCUGCGUGUCAACGAUCGUAAGCUGGAGAAGGUUUCAUUUGUUGAAGCCAUAGCUGAACUAAACACCUCGCCUUGCGGAGUGCCUUGCCUCUUGGUACUCGGAAAGAUGAAACUGCAUACCAAUCGACGCAUCGUAGAUCAGGCAAUGAGUCUCCAGGUCCCACAAUUAUCCUUUUUGUUAUUGCUUUUAUUUCUUCUUUGA